AUGAUAGCAAAUGAGGUUGAUGUAGUUCAGGGAAGAAGUGAUUUCAAUGAAGUUUGUUACAUUCCUGCUCUAUAUGAAAUUGCCUCUUCUUCUGCCACAUGUGUUGGUGAAAAGUUUGAGACAAGGGAGUUAUUUAAGGAGGGCAUCUUGAAGGCUCCCAAGGAUCCUAAAGCAUGCAACAUUGGAGUCUAUGGUUUCGGUGGGGUGGGUAAGACCUUUCUGGUGAACGAAGUCGCUGAUAUAGCUAAACAACAAAAAUUGUUUGAUGCAGUGGUUAUCGUCCAUGUAUCCAAAACUCCAGAUAUUAAGAAAAUUCAAGAGGUGAUUGCAGAUACGUUGGGUCUAACAUUUGGAGAAGUAAGUACUAAGGGUAGAGCUGACCGCCUAAAGAUGAGAAUUAAAGCUGAGAAAUCUGUCCUUGUUAUUCUAGAUGAUAUUUGGCAGAAAGUUGAUCUGGUUAAAGAAGUAGGAAUUCCAUCCAACAAGGAACACAUUGGUUGCAAAUUGUUGAUGACCUCUAGAACUCAAGAUGUGUUGCAGCAAAUGGACGUCCAAAAGGAUUUCACUUUCAGACUUGAACUUCUAAGUGAACUAGAAACAUGGAGCUUGUUUCAAUCUAUGGCAGAGGAUGUGGUUAACGAUAUCAGUUUCAAAAAGGUAGCAACUGAAAUUGCUAGACAAUGUAAAGGUUUGCCUCUUCUCAUAGUGACAAUGGCAAGCGGAUUGAAAAGUAAGGAUAUUUAUGCUUGGAAAGAUGCAUUGAGCAAAUUACAAAAUGUUGGUCAUGAGAAAAUGGAUGUCAUAACACAUUCUGCUUUAGAGUUGAGUUACAACUGGUUGGCAACUGACGAAACUAAGGCACUCUUCUUGCUUUCUGCUGUACUAGGAGACUUUGAUAAUCCUGAAGAUUACUUAUUGAAAGUUGCAAUGAGUUUGGACAUAUUCAAGAAUAUAAGUACCGUGGAUGAUGCAAGAAACAGACUUCAUAGUAUAAUUGAAUCAUUGAAAGCAUCUUGCUUGUUACUUGAAGGUAAUAAGAGAAGUCGGCGUAUCCAAAUGCAUGACCUUGUUCGUGAUGUUGGUAUCUCCAUAGCAUGUAGGAAUAAAGAUGUUUAUAUGUGUGAAACCAAAGACUGGUUUGAAGGAAUAUCUUACCGUGGAUUUUCCGAAAAUGUGCUCACAUAUCAUCUUAGAUAA